AACAAAUUGUUGUAUUUUGUUGGUGGUGUAGCUGAUUCUUCGCACUGCUGUGCAACGUGAGACAAAUAUGGCAUCUGUAGGUAUGCAGAUCUUGGGCGUCUUUCUGGCGACUAUUGGCUUUUUGGGAGACAUCAUCACCUGUGCCCUGCCCAUGUGGAAGGUGUCUGCUUUCAUUGGGAACAACAUUGUGACAGCGCAGAUCUUUUGGGAGGGCCUGUGGAUGAACUGUGUGACGCAGAGCACCGGACAGAUGCAGUGCAAGGUCUACGACUCCAUGCUGGCUCUGCCCCUUGACUUGCAGGCGGCCCGCGCCCUGAUUGUGAUCUCUAUCCUGGUUGUCUUUAUGGGAAUCCUGCUUGCCGUCACAGGGGCAAAGUGCACUAACUGCAUUGAAGAUGAGCUGGCCAAGAACAAGGUAGCUAUCGUUGCAGGGGUGUUCUUCAUCGUCGGUGGUAUCCUGUGCCUAAUCCCUGUGUCCUGGUCCGCGAACGAUGUCAUCAGGAACUUCUACAGCCCCAUUAUGACUGAUGCACAGAGGAGGGAGCUUGGAGCGUCGCUGUUCAUCGGUUGGGGAUCUGCAGGACUCCUGCUCAUCGGAGGGGCACUUCUCUGCUGUCAGUGCCAGCAGCAUAAGGAAAGCCGAUACUCUGUCAAAUAUUCUGCCCCACGCUCAGCAGCCAGUGGAGGAGCUUAUGUUUAAAAGGCCUGCAAGUAGUCUAAAAGUUUGCAUAUUGUCUUGCACCAGGAAACUGGACUGAACUCUUAUGUUCUUAAACUCAUGAUUUCAAAGUGUUUUUACUGACUUUUAUAUUAAAUUAAACUUCCAUAUUA